CCCCUCCCACACUCCGAUGCCUAUGUGCAGCAGACUAGCGUGAUCAUGUGAUACUAUCGGGAGCCCUGUCGCGGAAUUCCGAAACACCAUGCACAUUCAAGAGUUACCAUAGCACGAAAGAAACAACCGAGGCAGUUACCGUCGAGCUCCCUAAACUGUGAAUCUGACUCACACGCUGAAAACUGGAAAGAACUCGUAGUCAGAUAGGGUGUGUUUGAGCGAGCUGAAAAAAAAAAAGAUAACUGGAGACAUCAACACGAAGACCAAAACUAAGCGGACGAAACGCAGGGCAUGACGGACUAACGUUACAUGCAGUUUUUUGGAGUUACUGCGGCAUUUGUGAAAUCGUAAAAUUUUGUUCUGCACGGAAUUUUAAGCUUUUUUAAAUUCCAUUCAACAAAUGACUGUGUUUGGAACAGCUUUGUAGUGUGUAAAACAAAAACAGUCGCAGCAGCAGCAUCGGAGAGGGAGAGGCUGCAUUAGGAGUCAGAAGCGACGCCCGAGUUAAUUUGUGUUUGCUGAUUUUACUUGGUAACCGCAUUUCAAUAGUGCGUUUGGUAUUUAUUUCUCGUUAUCUUGGUUGUUUUGGGUCAUCUGUUUGAAUAUGGUGGGGGAAAUGGAAACGAAGGAAAAACCGAAGCCCACCCCCGACUAUCUCAUGCAACUCAUGAACGACAAGAAGCUGAUGAGUAGUUUGCCCAACUUCUGCGGAAUUUUCAACCAUCUGGAGAGACUUCUGGAUGAGGAGAUCGGACGGGUACGGAAGGACAUGUACAACGACACGCUCAACGGCACGGAGAGACGCUCGUCUGAGCUGCCUGAGGCCGUCGGGCCCAUCGCCCAGCUGCAGGAGAAACUCUACGUGCCCGUGAAGGAGUAUCCCGAUUUUAACUUUGUGGGGAGGAUCCUGGGUCCCCGAGGCUUAACGGCGAAGCAGCUGGAGGCAGAGACCGGCUGCAAGAUUAUGGUGCGUGGGAAGGGCUCCAUGAGAGACAAGAAGAAGGAGGAACAGAACCGUGGCAAGCCUAACUGGGAGCAUCUGAACGAGGACCUGCACGUUCUCAUCACCGUGGAGGACUCACAGAACCGGGCCGAGAUCAAACUGAAGCGGGCCGUGGAGGAGGUCAAGAAGCUACUGGUACCUGCGGCGGAGGGCGAGGACAGUCUGAAGAAGAUGCAGCUGAUGGAGCUGGCCAUAUUGAACGGCACAUACAGGGAUGCCAACCUCAAGUCACCAGCCCUGGCCUUCUCUCUGGCAGCGUCAGCCCAGGCUCCUCGCAUGAUGACCGGCCCCUCCCAAGUGAUGAACACAACCCUCCAACGGCCCCCCAACGGCCCCACCCUCAUGCCCCUCAUCAGGCAGAUCCAGACCUCCGCCCUCAUGCCAACGGGCAACCCGCACGCUACACUCAUGCAGCAGUCGCCCGAGACGGGCAUCAUCUAUGCCCCCUACGACUACCCUUACACUCUUGCCCCUGGCACCUCCAUUCUUGAGUACCCCAUCGACACCAGCGGAGUGCUAGGGGCCAUGGCAACUAAAGUUCGAAGGCACGAUAUGCGCGUCCACCCCUACCAAAGGGUUGUGACUGCCGAUCGAGGUCAGUUUAGCUCCAGUCUUCUCCUUGUGUGGUUAUGCCUUUCAGUGUUAAUUGAAGCUGUGUGUCGGUGUGAUAUUUUGAGUGUGUGUGUGUGUAUGUGUGUUCUUUACAUGUGGUUUUCCGGGAUUUUGUUAUCGGGGAACAUAUUUAUGUUACUUUUGCAAAGUUUUAACUUUAGAUUGCCUCGUGUCGCUACACAUUGGAUUUUGAAGUCUUAUUUAUACAAAGUUUGACAAGUUUCUCUGUAUAAUUUCAAAUACAUUACCAUACAUUCUGGCACACUUAAAUUCAUUUGAUACAUUUACCAAGACAGCAGCUAUCUAUAAUGGACCUGGCUCUGACUUGGUGGAAACUACUACAGGCUACUACAGACAAUGGACCAGCUGAGGACUCGAUCUGUCCCAGGGUCAGUUGAUUUCAGAUUGAUCAUUAAGAUCGUUAUACAUCAAUACACAACAUGAAUUACUCAUUGGACAGGCCUUCUUUCAGGCUUGCAUGGUGGCAUGGGGCUAGCUAAAGUAUAGCGGGGAAUGACGGGUUUUGUGGGGUCUUUAAGGUCUAUGAGGGGGUUCCCAUUCCCAUACCAAUCACCCAACCAAACCUGUUACUCUAGGUGUUAAGGGAACGCUGUCAGAAGCCUAACAUAAAGUUGUGGCCAGUUGAAAUAAACAUGGGAACAAAAUAAAAACACAAGAGACGCUCAAGGAAAUAACUAUGAUGAGGUCCAGAGGCCAAAUCCCCUUUACAUUUUAAUAAACGUCCUCCAAGAUCGAUCCUCCAAGGCCAGCCUGUGAGCCUGGUUUAUUUUUAUUUGUUGUUGUUUUUGUUGUUUUAAAAACAAACAAGACCCCAGACUCUUCAGGCAAGUGAAUUGUGUGCCGAACCAGGCAGAUGUAUUCUCUGUAGCGUGGCCCUCGAGUGCUGAUCACGCCUCUGUUAUUUUGAUGACCAUGUGACGGCCUUGUGACACGCUGGCAGUCGAUGAAGAGUAAUGAAGUUCGGAAAGACAGCCUUCACUGCCACACAGUAUUUCCCCUUCACAAUAUAAGUUGCUUCACUCUUUCCAUGAUUUGUUUUGUAAGGCCCUGACUUUUGUUUUGAGUUUCAUCUUGCUCAAUCCGGUUUGUGUUCUCAACCAGGCCAAGGCCAAGGCCACCUUUCCAAAUCGAAAGGAACAACAACAAAAAAAACGAAUAACGAGCACAUUCCCGUGGAGCUAGAGUUCUGAGAGAUAAUUCUCAAGCUAGCGCUCCAUCUUGUAUUCAGAUGACGUACGCUCAUAGUCUUAGCCGGCCUCGUCCUCGUCCUACUAACCAUCCUCUGAUGGGAGUCUCAGGCAAUCCUACUCGAUCAGAGCAUGUAAAAGGACACGGAUGUAUGGAUGGCCUGUUAGCAUCUUCAUCUGUAACGAAGAUGAAGAUGUCAGCUGCAAAUUCCUUGUCCAUUCCUAACGUUUGAAAGCAGUUGUUUUCCUGUAUAGUCAAAAGAUGCACUUGAGAAUUUGGCCUGUUGGUUUGGGCACAGUCUGCAAGAUCCCAAGAAGCACUUGGCUCUUCUGUAGAUCUCUAUCUGGUCUAUAUUCGGCGUAGGCUACCGUGCAGGAUGCAAACCUUCAAACCUUCUGGCCAAACAAUGUCUGUCAUGUACACCACCCGUGUUCAGAUUUCUCACCUUUAACAGAAACACACACGUGCAUACAUACACACAACCCCCCCCUUCUUUUUCAUCGUAUCUGCAUUGUCUAAAGUCGUCCUUUUUAUAAAAAAAAUUAUACAUUGUCAUAGCAUUGUAUGAAUCGAUUUCGUUGGGAUGCAGAACGUUUGUGUUUUCAUUGUGAAUUGAGAUUGCAUUCAUGAUGUUUGUUUCUUUUUUUUUCUUGCUUUUCCAUUUGCUAAUAUCAUUUUUUUCCUACAUCAGAUUAGUUCCUUGUGACAAAGACAGUCUUUAAUUGCAGCACUUUGUUUCCUUUCGAUUGAGUCAUGUACAGCCUACUGCACGCCUAACGUAAACGUGAACUGGGUCUAAGGGAAUCACAGUUCCAGUUUUGAAGAGGGCUCUGUAACCUUUGACCUUUUAUUAUUACUCAUAUUUGGAACACCGCCGAUGUGCCAAAACUGUACAUAUAAGAUAAACGCUCAUUUAUAAAAGAGAGUUACAUGUGAGAAACUACUGAUGGAUGAUGGCAAAGCUUAUGUGAAGUUAGUAUUAUAAGAUCUUAACACAAUCUUAACGACGUAAUGGAGAAACACAUUUAUAAAUUUAUAUAUAUAAAUAUAUAUAAACUGACCAGAUUAAUGCAAAACAAUGGUGAAAUUGCACAACGGUGGAAUCGAUCUGGUUCGAUCAACUGCCCUUGACGUUUGGGUGUAUUUCAAUCUUAUUUUCAGUGGUUUGAAUUUGUGAUUUGAGAGGCCGAUCAUCUCUGCCCCCUUUACUUGUAAGGAAGAAGAAAAUUAUAGAAGGAAACCGUCCUCUAGCCUGAUGCUUUGAGGGCCUGUGGAUUUCAGAAUAGUCUCAGUUCUCAGCCACAUGCGAAGUAAAUCAUUGCACAAACACAGUGGGAUCAUAAAUAACACGGCGGUUGGGAUUCUUUUCUGCUCAAUCCUAAAAUAGCACCAAGAUGUAAAUUGGUUCUUUAUUUGCCCCCUAACAGAAAAACCUGGCUCUAGAAAGACAUGCGGAACGUGGGUUCAAAUGUAUUAUCAAAACAAAAUGAAAAGCCCAAAACGACAUGAACCAGAUUAGUUAGGGUUGACGGAACAGACCCCAUCCUCUCACAAAACGCACUUGUGAGGCCUCAUUUGCAUUGAUAUAAAAAAAAGGGUUUAGCAAUUCAAAAUCUCAAUUUGCAAUAGAGCUCGGGCAGUUUUCACACCAGAUCUAUUUCACUUCAAUCAUAAAGGGUAUUAUAUUUUGACAGGGGCUGGCAUCCGUAAGCUUGACAUUUUUAUUCUUUCCUCUGACGUGUACUUAUAUAACAUUUUUACAUUUGUUGUCAGUCACCAUACUUCCUGGUUACUGCUGGGUGACCAAUCAGAAGGUCCCGCAGUCUUCUAACAAAAAAGCGGUGCUACUGUACUCUUUACUCUUAUGCUGUCGGACGCCAGGCCCUGUCGAAAGAGAAUUACGUUUUUUUGAAAAUUAGGUAUCAUUUUACUGGAAGCCUUAGUCUUAAGAGUGACAUAACAAUGUCAUAAACAUGUUAUGCCAUAACAUGUGAUGUCCUAUCAAUGGCCAUUGUGAUCGUUGGUAUCUAAUGACUUAAUGGAGUCACGUAGCCUUUACUGGUAACUGUCAUGACUGCUCUCAGAAUUUAGAUGCCAAUUUAGACACCACAGCAGCUUGUAUCUCACGCUGCUAAGCUGAGUUUUCAUGAAAUUGACCCUUCAUAGUGUUCAUGUCUGGACCAUCACUGGAUUUGUCGUAACUGCUUAUAGGCAGGAUAUGACAUCUGCUAUGACAUGUUUAUAACAUGAUUAUGUCAGUCUUAUGAUGGAAGGUUCUAGGAGAGUGCUACCAAAAUUAUACGGCACAAAUAUGAACUUUGCACUGAGAAGAUGAGAAAUAGACAUCGCCAGCUCCAGUCUGUCGUUUGGCAGACAGGGCACAUACGGAAGAGCUAAGUGGAAAAAAAAAAAUACACAGAAACUCAGAGACCUCAUAGAAAGAUAAGAUGAGAGAGCUGCAUGUUAAACAUAUAAGAGAGAACAGAGUUGACAUUUAAACAGAGAACUAUUCCACAUUUUUAUUUUUUUUCAUUUGUUGUUGUUUUGUUUUUGUCUUUUUCUGUUUGUUUGUUUGUUUGUUUGUUUGUUUUACUGGAAGCUUCCUUCAUUUUAUGUGGUUGAUUAUGUUAUUGUUGUUGAUGUCAUGUGAUUGCAAAAAAAAGAAAAUAGUAUAUACCUGUGUGAUUCUUUUUAAAGAAAAAAAGUUUAUGAAAAAUGAUGUGCUUAACUAUAAAAGCAAAAAGCAGUUACGAUUUACCAGAUGUCUAUUGUAUUUGCAACUUUAAAUAGCAACAAUAUGCUAGAGGGAUCUUUGUAGGCAAGAUAGAAAUAUUCAUUCUCAAACAUUCUUAUGUCCUACAAAAUAUUUCCUUUUUAUUACGGGGGGAGGGGGGGUUCCACUUUACAGGGUGUUGUAUGAAAAUGACUCAGUAUUGGUCUGAAGUUUAUUUUCUAUCCUAUAUUCAGAUUUAUGUCAGUAAGUCUCAGAAGUAGCUUUUUUGUUUUUCGCUUGUGUGAUAGCAUUUCCCUUUUAGCCGCACCUCUGCAAGAAGAAGAAGUAUGUUGUUGUUUUUUUGUUGUUGUUUUUUUUAGCGUUGCUUUGUAUGAUUAGCACCAUGUUUUCAUACUGUUUGUAAAUAGAACAAAAAAAUGAAAAGCAAUAAAGUUUCCAUGACUUGGAAAAAAAACAACUCAA